AUGUUACAGGCAUCUUCAAGCGAUUCAACGAACAAAACAUCAUCGGAUGGCAAAAUAAAACCUCUCUCGGAGGAAGUAAUUGCUAAAAUUGCUGCUGGUGAGGUCAUUAUUGGACCUUCCAAUGCAAUCAAAGAGUUGUUAGAAAAUUCAUUGGAUGCUGGUGCGGAUUCGAUCACGAUUGAAGUUUCCGAUGAUGCUGGAUUAAAAUGUUUUAAAAUUAAAGAUAAUGGAUGUGGUAUUGGAGCUAAAGAUUUAGAGAUUGUGUGCAUGAGGCACACGACAAGUAAACUUACAUCCUAUGAUGAUUUAAAAACAAUUUCCACUUUCGGAUUUAGAGGAGAGGCUCUCAGUAGCGUUAGUCAGUGUGCGCACGUGACAAUAAUUUCCAAAACACAAGAACAAGAAUGUGCUAUUAAAGCUUCAUACAAGAAUGGUCACCUAGAUGGGGCUCUGAAAAAGAGUGCAGGUAUUAAAGGAACUUGUAUCACAGCAGAAAAUCUCUUUUACGACAACAAAACAAGAAGGGAGGCGAUCAACAAGAGUACAGAGAUGAAAAAGAUUACAGAAAUUACUCGAAAUUAUGCCUUACUGAAUACAGGAGUCAGUAUUACUCUCAAAAAGUUGGAUGGUAAACCAAUUUUCCAUACAGAUACAAAAAGCACUGUCAAGCAAAAUAUCAAAACAUUAUUUAGCAGCAAAAUAGAAAAGGAAAUAAUGGACGUAGAUAUCAAGAAUGAGAAACUUGAAUUGACAGGAAAGGCAUAUUUCACAAACGUGAAUUUUAGCUCAAAAGAAAAAGAAUUCAUAAUCUUUGUCAACAAACGUUUAAUAUCUCAUAGAGACCUCAAGAGAGCUGUUCUUAGCGUUUUUGAACCUUACUUACCAAAAGGAGGUCAUCCCUUUGUAUUUCUAAGUCUCAUGUUAAAUCCAAGAAAAGUCGAUGUCAACUUGCAUCCCACUAAAAAAGAGAUACUCUUUUUAGAUCAAGAAGCAAUUAUAGAAGAAGUGAAAGAAACAAUCAGAAAGAAGCUAUUAGGAUCUAACGAAUCAAGAGUAUUUGAUAUUGCUCAAAAAAUUGCCUCACCACGCCCAUCCACUCAGCCAUCAUCCUCUUCUUCUUCACGAUCUAAAUCAUCACUUCUGUCAAAUGAAGAUGAAGAUGGGGAUUACAUUGUGGUACCUGCAUCCUCUUCUAGCUCGUUCACACAAAAAGAACAACCCAAAAAUAAGGUCAGAACAUCAUCUUCAGAUCAAACAGGACAAAUGGAACGAUAUCUUACUCCUCAGAAACGAACCAUCGAUGCAGAACACCCACCAGCUGACACAGAACCAUCUGUUAAAAAACGAAAGGAAACUCCUUCAGAAGAUAUUGACUCACAACAAGAUGAUUCAACUGAAGAAGAUGUCCACAAGUUGGACAGUGUCAUCAGAUUGAAAGCUGAAAUAAGCGCAGACACGCACACAGAAUUGAAAACAUUAUUGAAAAAAAGUACUUUUGUGGGAUGGAUCAAUCCAAGACUUUCUCUCAUUCAAUACAAUGACAAACUAAUUUUAUUGAAUAUGGCCGUGUCAACUAAACACUUGAUCUAUCAGAGAAUUAUUCACAAGCUAAGCAAAUUCAAGUACAUUAAUUUACCCAAAAAGCUUGAUAUUAGAGAGCUUGUUAAAGCAACAGAAAUUGAUAGCUCUGCUGUAUCUGAAGUGGUGUCUCAAAUUUCAGCUCACAGAGAUCUAUUGAAAGCAUAUUUUGGAAUUGUGAUAACUGAAGACGACAAGCUAGAAGCGUUACCACAUAUUCUUGAAAAUUAUAUUCCUCCACUUCACAGACUUCCAGACUUUUUUUAUAAUUUGGCCACAAAAGUAGAUUGGCUCGAGGAGCUGAGUUGUAUCAAGGGUAUUUCCAUUCAAUUGAGCAAUUUUUAUGGCUUGUGUGAAAGUUAUGAACUCGAAGAGCCACAAGAAGGUUCGAACAGUCAAGUGAGUAAUGAUUCAACAACAUCUGGAGUGCCAUCUUGUAUUUACACAAAGGAACGACUGCAGUGGAUCACGGAACAUGUUAUUUUCCCUUCGAUUAAGCUGGUGUUUAAUCCACCAAACGACAUGGUGAAUGAUGGCUCUGUGGUUGAAAUUGCAUCUUUACCUGACUUGUUCAAGAUCUUUGAGAGAUGUUAA